AAACUCGACUCGGCACUCCAAAGUACACAGCCUCCGCGAUUGCAGUGGUGUGCUCUUUCGGUUGGGUUCCUGCCACCGUUGUCGCCUGAUAUUCAAUCAAGUGGUAACAGUCGGCCGUCAGAUCGGUGCUCAUUUUUCAACAAAAGGAAACGUCCAUCAUCCGCAGGACUCGCAGAUUUGUCUCUUCUGGUCCCGUCGGCACCAUGAAACUUACGUUGUUCACAUUAUUGGCCCUCUGUAUAAUUGCUGUCUGCAAAUCGGCUGAAGAGGAAUAUGAUUACGAAGAGGAGGCAGCAGCUGCGCCUCCGGUGACGCCGGCGCCAGCAAAGCCGGCAGGUGGUCGACUGGGAGGACUCUUGUCGCCGAGAGGACGUACCAACGUAGCAGCAGCAAAUGUGGGAAAAAAGAGAGCACCGGCGACUCAAUCAACAACGUCAAAGCCGGUGGAACAAGCACCCGAGGAAGACGCAGAUGCAGAAGACGAAGAAGUGCUCGAAGAAAGUCAAGAACACGAUGCUCCGACAACGACUACCGAAUCUACGAAAAAGCUUCGUAGUAACGGAGGCGUCAGGCCCUUCAGAUCAAACGAGGAUCUCUUAAAUGCUUUGAAAAGAAGAAGAGCCCAGAUUGGGUCUAGCAGUCAUUCGCGAGAAUCUGCGAGCACACAUUCCGCAGCAGAGCACACCACACCCAAGUCAAAAGUCACAACCACAAAUAAUCGUAGCAAGCCUAGCACAGGUGGUGAAGCGAGACCGUCAGGACGCGGUAGGUUCGGAGGAAAGGGAAGUAAGACUGUUCAAGAAGAAGUCGAGGAGACUCAGAGAGAAGAGAUUCAAGUGAAGCCUAAAGUCUCUCCUCGCAGGGGUUAAGUCAACUCCGGUCUACUUCGCGUUGAGAACUACCUAAAAAUUUGUUGAUUUCUCAGAAAUACAUCAAUUUCAAAUUCAACGUACAUUCAGCGCACAAUGUCAGUCUUUUUAGUUCUUUUUUUUUUUUAUUGCAAGGUUUAUAAUUGUAGCGAAACAAUUUCAAAUGUUUACGACAAUCGCGGAUUUUCGAGUGUCAUACUUUCCGCGUAUACGAAAACUUUCGAUAACUAACAUUAAAACAAUUUGGGCACGAGUUACAUGGAAGAGACAUCAUGUCUUUCUCGAAGACCGACAGCUUCGUUCACGUUUCUCGCGAAGUAUUGAAUACACUCUUAUAGCUCUCGUCGAUGAAGAAAUAUGUUGAAAGUGAGCGUAUCGAUUAUUUGCAAUAGGUGUUAACCCGAGAAAGACAGUUUUCUCCUUCGUUACUAAAUUUCGACCGAUGCGUCCGUGUUAGGAGAUACGAUGGAAAAGUGAUGUGUACAUAGCAAAACACCGCCGUCCGUCAAGUACUUAUAUAUAUAUAUAUAUAAAUAUAAAUCAACUAUUGUAUAAAUGUAAAUUAAUGUCACAAUAAAAUUUCUGGAAAGUUA